AUGGUCCGACGCCUUUUUGUCACCGGUUUAAGUCCGUUCACAACCAUCGAGACAUUCCGUGAAUAUUUCGAGCAAUUUGGUCAACUCUAUGAAUGCAUUUUGCCGCCGGUGCCGCGAUAUGAGAUUUUCGAUUUUGCGCCCGAUGACGAGCAAAUUGAGACGAGAAGUGCUAUCAAAUAUGUGCCGAUUGAUGAAAAUCGAGAAAUCGACGACGAUUUCGACGCGGAGCGUUUCAAUCCCGAAAUUCACGCAAAUUUCGAUGACUAUAUGAAAAAAAUUGGCGAAAACGAGGGAUUUGUGCGAAAGAAGCGCAAAACCAGCGCCGGCUACGGGUUCGUGACGUUUGUCGAUCGCGAGAGCUAUGAGAAGUGCGUCGGUCAGCACGGCGGCCACGAAAUCGACGGCGUCGAGUGCUCCGUCGAGCACGCGCGCGUCGAAGACGAUCAAUUCGCCGCCGACGUCGUCUCGAAGCGAUUGUUCGUCUCGUUUUUCCCGCUCGAUCGGCUCACCGAGCAGGAGUUGCGCCAAACGUUUGGCGGUUUCGGCAAAAUCACCGACGUCGAGUUUGUCAGCGACCAAGAGGGACCAUUACACUUCUGCAUCAUCACUUAUACGAGUAGCGAGGCGGUCGAUAAUUGCCUAAAAAAGACGUUUUAUGUUAGGAAUGUUCGAUUAUUUGUGCGGCGAGCGAUAUUACGAGAACAAUUGAAAAUUGCCGAGCAGAAAAUUCGGGAAAACGCGAAAAUUGCGGCCAGCGCUCCACGAAGCGCGCAAUUCAUACAGAUUCCGAGACAGCCAAUUCGCGUGAAUCGAAACAUGCCGGAUCCGAGUACACUUCAAGAUCCGAAUUCCGCCUACGGGUAUGGCCAUCGACAAUGGUGA